CUCUGUCCUUUAGGCUUCAUCCAUGAGCAGAAAUAAAUCCUGCCUUGAAAGAAAACCAGACAUAUACAGCUGAUCUUUACAAUUAUGGAUAAUAAUAAGGCUACGUUGAUUUUCGAUUCCCUGAGAUUACUACGACUGCCAUCAGGGAGUGUCAUAGACCUUCUGGCUGUGAUGACUGUGCUGUACCUGUUGCUACUGGCGGUGUAUCGCCUUUACUUCAGCCCAUCAGCUCGAUUUCCCGGGCCAAGAUUAGCUGCCUUGUCAUUCUGGUACGAGUUUUACUAUGAUGUUUGGAAGGAAGGCCAGUACACGUGGAAAAUUCGAGAAUUACAUCAAGAAUAUGGCCCCUUUGUGCGGAUCAAUCCGGAUGAAAUUCAUUGCAACGAUCCGGAGUUCUUCGACAUCUUGUACGCGAGCUCAGCCAAAAGGAAGACCGAUAAGUGGAUUUGGUUUGUGAGACAAUCAUGGACGCGCAAUUCCAUGUUCAAAACCAUCAAACACGAUCUGCACAGACAGCGAAGAAGUCAACUGAGCUCUUUCUUCUCCAAGUCCUCGAUUAAGACUAUUGAGCCCCUUAUCGUGAGAAAAGUCAACGGCCUAUGCGCACGUCUCGAAGCAUCCAGCGAGACCCAAAGCGUCGUGUCACUAACCCACGCGUUCGUGGCCGUCACCCUCGACAUCAUCUCCCGCGUCUGCUUCGGUUUCUCCUACGACUUCCUCGAACUGCCAGAAUUCGCCCAGACAUGGCACGACGGCCUCAUCUCCACCAGCCGCUUGGGACAUUCCGUCCGGCAAUUCCCCUGGGUGUUCCACCUCCUAAGUCUCUUUCCCCGCCUGCUGGCAGACCCGGGUAUCCUAGCAGCAAAUAAACGCCAAGAGGAGCUCACGGCGCAAGUGGCAGCCGUAGUGGACCGCCAUGCCCGCGGCGAGAAGCCACCCGGCGAGGAUGGAUUUACCAUCUUCGACGCUAUGCUCGACGCCGAUGUGCCGCCGGAGGAAAAGACAAACGCGCGGUUGUGUGAGGAGGCGCAAGCUUUGACGGCGGCCGGGUCGCUAACCACGGCUAACACGCUUGAUGCUACGAUUUAUCAGUUGCUGACCCACCCGAAUCAUCUAGCUCGUCUGUAUCGGGAGCUCGAAGUGGCUAUACCUGACCCGGCUGUAUUGCCCCCGGCGACGGAGUUGGAGAAGUUGCCGUUUUUGACGGCGUUGCUCCAUGAGGGCUUACGAAUCAGCAAAGGUCUGCCCCAUCGCUUCGCGCGCGUAUCUCCAGAUGUGUCGUAUUCCUAUGGUGAUGUGGUUAUUCCUCGCGGACUUCCGGUCGGCAUGUCGUUCAUAGACAUGGUCGAAGAUCCAGAGACCUUUCCGGAGCCGAACUCCUUCGAACCCGAGCGCUGGAUGCCAUUCGAUGAGCCUGAGGUGCGCCGUCGACGGAAGCGGCUGGUAAUAUUCGGUGGUGGAACUCGUAUCUGUCUGGGAAUUAACCUAGCUUGGGCAGAACUGUACCUGACUGUUGCUGCUGUGGUGCGACGGUUUGGUGACAGACUGCAAUUGCAUGAUGUUGUUUUCGAGAGGGACUUGAAGAUCGUUGUUGAUGGGUUCAACCCGCUGCCGAGUCGAGAGUCUAAGGGGUUGCGGGUUGUUGUUCGGCCUAAAUCGGAAAAGGGGAUGGGAAGUGCAUGACUUGGCAGGGGCAAAGAUAUGAACAUGACGGUAUUACGUAUUACCGCGACUGCUGGCGCGCAAUUAGUCAAGCCUCUUUUCAUACUUCUAGGGCAACAUACUUCAGAGAAUAUGCUUCCAACUGGUAUCAUUUGGUAGCAUGCUCCUUCAUUUCAAAUUUGUCGACGACAGCGGGACUUAGGGUCGGAUUCUAUGCACACCGGGUGCUGCUUUUACGCUAGAG